UCCCUUUUUUUAAACACUACAGGUAUUCGUUACAGCACUGAUGUGAGUGUAGAUGAAGUGAAAGCUUUGGCUUCUCUGAUGACAUAUAAGUGCGCAGUGGUUGAUGUGCCGUUUGGGGGUGCCAAAGCUGGUGUUAAGAUCAACCCCAAGAACUAUUCCGAUAAUGAGUUGGAAAAGAUCACAAGGAGGUUCACCAUGGAACUGGCAAAGAAGGGCUUUAUUGGUCCGGGCAUUGACGUGCCUGCCCCAGACAUGAGCACGGGUGAGCGAGAGAUGUCCUGGAUUGCGGACACCUAUGCUAGCACCAUCGGGCACUAUGAUAUUAAUGCCCAUGCCUGUGUCACUGGCAAGCCCAUCAGUCAAGGUGGGAUCCACGGACGGAUCUCUGCUACUGGCCGAGGAGUUUUCCAUGGAAUCGAAAACUUCAUCAAUGAAGCCUCUUACAUGAGCAUUUUAGGAAUGACACCAGGGUUUGGAGAUAAAACAUUUGUUGUUCAGGGAUUUGGUAAUGUAGGCCUGCACUCUAUGAGAUAUUUGCAUCGCUUUGGUGCUAAAUGCGUUGGUGUUGGUGAAUCUGAUGGGAGUAUAUGGAAUCCAGAUGGCAUUGACCCAAAGGAACUGGAAGACUUCAAAUUGCAACAUGGAUCAAUCCUGGGUUUCCCCAAGGCAAAGGUUUAUGAUGGGAGCAUCUUAGAGGCCGACUGUGACAUACUGAUCCCUGCUGCCAGUGAGAAGCAGCUGACCAAGUCCAAUGCACCCAGAAUCAAAGCCAAGAUCAUCGCUGAAGGUGCCAAUGGGCCAACAACUCCAGAAGCGGAUAAGAUUUUCCUGGAGCGGAACAUCAUGGUUAUUCCAGAUCUCUACCUGAAUGCCGGGGGAGUUACAGUAUCUUACUUUGAGUGGCUGAAGAACCUAAAUCAUGUCAGCUAUGGCCGUUUGACCUUCAAAUAUGAAAGGGAUUCUAACUACCACUUGCUCAUGUCGGUUCAGGAGAGUUUGGAAAGGAAAUUUGGGAAACAUGGUGGAACUAUUCCUGUUGUGCCCACAUCAGAGUUCCAAGACAGGAUAUCGGGGGCAUCUGAGAAAGACAUCGUGCACUCCGGCUUAGCCUACACCAUGGAGCGCUCAGCCAGGCAAAUCAUGCGCACAGCCAUGAAAUAUAACCUGGGAUUGGACCUGAGAACAGCUGCCUACGUCAAUGCCAUUGAGAAAGUCUUCAAGGUGUACAAUGAAGCCGGUUUGACCUUCACAUAGAUGGAUUACCGCUGACUUCUUUACUACCCUCUUCACCUCUUCAUUGUAGACCUAUCACAAGUUUACAUGUAACCACAGAUCUUUCUCUCAUUGCUUAUUAGACAGUGGACAACAUUCUCAUAGGUUGACUCAAAUGAGACCCUUAAGAAAAGAGAAAUUAAGGUUAGGGAAUCGUGUGCAAAACUAAAAGUAGAUGCCAGAGAGCCAUUUGGGUGUAUCAGCAAAAGAGCUCAAUUCUAUAGAUUACAAACAGAAAUAAAUGCUGUUUCUCUUUAUGCAUUUUAUUCUUUUAGAAUAAAACAAGUACAUGCUGCUGUAAUAAAAUUGCCUUUAAUCACUUACUAAGCCUAAUCUAGACUAAGCAGUGAAUGCCUAUAAACAUAAUGAAUGAAAAGCUAGUAUUUUUAUAACACAGUAUCAUUUAUAGCUUAUCAAUAGUAUGUUGUCCAACAAAA